AUGUCGCUAGCUAGCUACAAUAAGACCAAGGCUGAAAUCUAUCCAACUGAUUACAAAAGAUUCGCACGACAGCCAAUUGAAGCCAAUCCCUCCCGUCCAAAUCUAGCAACAGUUUUGCUCUUCAUAGUUCUUUCGGCUGUGUUUCUGAUCCUUCCAAUCAUAUAUCUACUGAAUUGCUUCGAUAUCAUCUACGAGCACCAGAAUCUCAAGCACAAUCCUAUAGUGCAAAACGGCGAACGUUAUGAGCCCAGUGAAGAAAUUCAUAAGUUACUUGAAGAUAUGACCAAGCAUAACAGGCCAGUUAGAGGUUUGCCAUUGCCUCCCAGGCCUGAUUACGGACAAUGCAGGCUUUUAAAUAAUACUGAAAAGUUUGAUUGUUUUCCUGAAAACGGUGCCACUCAAGAUGGCUGUGAGGCCAGGGGCUGUUGCUGGAUACCUGCUAAAACUAAACCUAGAAGAAUAAAAAAUGCCCCCCUUGAUGUACCUUAUUGUUUUUAUCCUCCAAAUUAUGACACUUAUAAGUUCCUCAACAUAUCUGAGACUGCUUUUGGGCUUGUAGCUUUUAUUAAAAGGAACUAUAGAACAGCUUAUCCUAAUGAUGUUGAAGUAGUCAAGAUGAUUGUCAAAUAUGAAACAGAAAACAGGCUUCAUGUUAAAUUUGUUGAUCCAGUCAAUUUUAGAUAUGAACCUGCUUAUCCAGAAAUACCAUUGGUUGAUAGAGCUGCUCAAAAUUUGAAUUAUAUUUUCGAAUUUGACACUUUUAGGGCAGGUUUUAAGGUUGUAAGAAAAUCAGACAACACAACUAUUUUUGACUCCAAUAAUUUCCUAGACUUUAUUUUUGCUGACCAGUUUUUACAACUAAGCAGCAAAUUACCUUCAAAAUUGAUUUACGGUAUUGGAGAUCAUACUUCCAAUUUACUGUUAAACACCCAAUGGACUAGAUAUACUUUAUGGAAUCAUGAUAUGCCACCUGAAACAAAUAAAAACUUAUACGGUUCUCAUCCUUUUUAUUUAAGCAUGGAAAAUUCUAGUAAUACACAUGGAGUGUUUUUGCUUAACAGUAAUGCAAUGGAUAUUUUACUGCAGCCAACGCCUGCAAUAACUUUUCGUACAAUAGGAGGAGUUUUGGAUUUGUACUUUUUUAUGGGCCCUACACCAAGUGAAGUUGUAGCUCAGUAUACUGAUUUGGUUGGCAAGCCUUAUAUGCCACCCUAUUGGGGCCUUGGGUUCCAUCUGUGUAGGUUUGGCUAUAAAAGCUUGAAUAACACCAAAGAAAUAUUGGAAAAUAAUAUCAAUGCUGGCAUAUUCAUUGACACUCAAUGGAACGAUUUGGAUUAUAUGAACAAUAGUAAUGAUUUUACUUAUGACAGAGAAGCAUAUGAAGGACUUCCAGGAUUCGUUGAAGAGUUGCAUAAACGUGGAAUGCAUUAUAUUCCUCUAGUGGAUCCAGGAGUGAGUGCUGGAGAACUAUUAGGCACCUACCCUCCAUAUGAUAUUGGAAUUAAAAUGGAUAUUUUUGUUAAAAACUCAUCUGGUCAACCAUUUAUUGGUAAAGUCUGGAAUAGUCAUUCGACUGUUUGGCCAGAUUUCACUCACCCAAACACUGUAGACUAUUGGACGUUGAUGCUUAAGAAUUUCCAUAAACUAGUCCCAUUUGAUGGUGCCUGGAUUGACAUGAAUGAGCCUUCAAACUUUCUGUCUGGAUCUUUUAAUGGAUGCCCUAAAUCCAACUUGGAAAGCCCACCAUAUUUGCCUGCAGUCGAUGGAGGAGCUUUAAACUACAAAACAAUGUGCAUGACUGCAAAACAUUAUGCAGGAAUACACUAUAAUGUGCAUAAUUUGUAUGGGUUGACUGAAGCUAUUAUUACUAGUUUUGCUUUGGCAGAGAUUCGAGGUAAAAGGCCUAUGGUUAUUUCUAGAGCUACUUUUAGUGGUCACGGACAUUAUGCUGGGCAUUGGAGUGGAGAUGUUUACUCCAAUUGGAAUGAUUUAAAAAUGAGUAUUCCUCAUCUGCUUAGUUUUAGUUUGUAUGGGGUUCCUUUAAUGGGGGCGGAUAUAUGUGGUUUUAAUGGCAACUCAACUGCUUCUUUGUGCAACAGAUGGCAACAAUUGGGCGCUUUUUAUCCAUUUUCAAGAAACCAUAACACUGAUGAUGGAAUUCCUCAGGAUCCUGCUUCAAUGGGUGAACUUGUGGUGGCUUCUACAAGAAAAUCUCUUCAAGUUCGUUAUGCAUUGUUGCCAUAUUUGUACACGCUGUUCUUUAGAGCGCAUGUUUAUGGGGAUACAGUUGCCAGGCCUUUAUUUUUCGAGUUUUACAAAGAUUCUAAAACUUUGGCUAUUGAUACGCAGUUUUUGUGGGGAGGUGGCUUGAUGAUUGUACCAGUGCUAGAAGAAGGAGCUACUUCGGUUAAUGCGUAUUUGCCCCAAGCAAUUUGGUACGAUUACUACACGAAAUAUUAUAUAGAGAGCAAAGGAGAGUAUUUUAAUUUGACUGCCCCCUUGGACACUAUUCCAGUUUUUGUCAGAGGAGGCUAUAUUUUGCCUCAGCAGGAACCCAAACAGACUACUACUGAGAGUAGGAAGACCAAAAUUCAGUUGUUGGUGGCCCCUGAUGAAAUUGGUGCAGCUUACGCUCUAUCCUCCAUCUAUCAUCUUACAGAUACAGUUGAAGAAAAACGUUAUUCAUUCAUUGACUUCAACCUGGAAAAUGGCACUUUACGCACUGAAACUAUCAACUGGGCCGAAGAAUAUCCUCCAAAUUUGGGCUCAAUCACAGUCUUAGGCAUUCAGAAACCUGUCACUCAAGUGAUAGUGAACACUGAGUCGCUUGCCUUCAAAUUCGAUACUGUUCACAAGUAUCUAGUCAUUGACAAUCUGAAUAUUAGCUUCGAGAAGCAGAUAGUGGUUUCCUGGAAAGUCAACAUGCCGUGGGAUUUUAUUGAUGAUUACUCUGGAGAUAGAUUUGUGAGUCAUGGAAAGAAAACUUUUGAUAUGGACGAGCUAAAAUUGGAUCAACAUUUUUUAACUAUCAGUUCAGAUGAUUCUAAUCUUGACAAACUUUACCUUUACAGCCUUAAUAAAGAAUGUAUAGAGUGUCCAUAUCUCUUUGUUGAUAAAUCAGUGGUAAAUAUCUUUGAUACCAAUCAAAUGCACCGAUUAGCCACAGAAUACAAAGAGUAUUUUCCUCAGAAUCAAAAAAAUUCUGUAAUUUGCGAUCUUGAUUCUAAUUUCGAACAAUUUGGUAUCUACAAUGUUAGAGUGAGCAACUCUAGUUUGUGUUCUGUUGAAGUAUUAAAACAACCUGUUAACGUUUAUACACCUAUACUUACUGUCUUUAUGCUUCAUUUGCUUGUAUUUGGGACAAUAUAUUUUCUGUUGAUGUUGUGGCAGAAAUGGAAAAAGCAAGAACCUAAUCCUGAUGCUUUAAAGAAAGAAAGAGUUAUGUCUAUAGACACUUUUAGAGGCAUUAGCAUUGUCAUAAUGAUUUUCGCAAAUUUUGGAAACGGAGGCUACAAAUUCGUCCAUCAUGCCAUCUGGAACGGUUUGCAUGUAGCCGAUUUAGUUUUUCCAUGGUUUAUGUGGAUCAUGGGAGCUUGUAUACCGAUUUCUUUAAUUUCUAGUUUUAAGAGGAACGUUUCGAACAAAGAUUUAAUUUGGAACGUCUUCAAGAGGUCCAUUAAAUUGUUUUUGCUGGGCAUUUUCCUUAAUUCUGGAUCUGAUGUUUAUUACAUAAGAAUCUUCGGAGUUCUUCAAAGGUUUGGGUUGUGUUAUUUUGUCGUUACAGUUUUGUGCAUAUUCACUAUGAAUAGAGAUUUGAGUUUGCAGCAUGGACAUUUUAUUUUGAAACACUUAGGAGAUCUGUUGAAAGUUUGGAAAGCUUGGAUUGUAGCUUCAAUUUUAUUGGCAAUACAUACAACCCUUAUUUUCACUGUGGCUGCUCCUGGUUGUCCGAGUGGUUACAUGGGCCCAGGAGGCCUUCACAAAAACCGCUCAUACGAAUCCUGUAUUGGAGGAGCUACAGGCUACAUUGACAGGCUGAUUUUGGGCAACCACGUCUACCAAAACCCUACCAUUUACCAAGUGUUUGAAGCUAAACCAUUUGAUCCCGAAGGUAUAGUUGGCUGUUUGACUACAAUUUUCCAAAUAAUGUUAGGAGUCCAAGCUGGUAUUACUUUACUGGUUUUCAAAUCGCAUUCUCAACGUAUGAUCAGAUGGCUAGUUUGGUCAUUGGUUUUAGGCCUUUGUGGUGGUUUAUUAUGCGGUUUUUCCAAAGAAGGCGGUUUGAUUCCUGUUAAUAAGAACUUGUGGUCAUUGUCGUUUGUUUGUGUAACCAGUUCUUUGGCCUUUUUCCUGUUAACAGUUUGCUAUUUCCUUGUGGAUGUUAAAAAAUGGUGGACAGGAAAACCGCUGCUUUUUGCUGGAAUGAACGCGAUAAUUUUAUAUAUUGGCCAUGAAAUGACUGAUAACCAUUUCCCUGUGAGAUGGUACUAUUCACAAGACAUAAACGAUAAUGGUAGAAGGACUCACUUUUUGGCCUUACUCUCUGAUACAUGGGCCGCAGAUUUUUGGGUAAUUGUCAGCUACUAUUUAUAUAAAAUCAAAUACUUUUUUACUGUUUAAUAAAAAAGACAAUUUUUACAGUUACACUUUUAUUUUAUUUUUUUACAAAUUGCAUGCAGACAUCUACAAAAUCACAAUAAUAUCCCUAUUAUAGAGAUAAAUAAAAUGCUAGCGCACUUAUACCAAGAUAAAUAGUUACUAUAUUUACAUUCCUAACUUGUAAAAUCACGCCUUUGCUGUUGCUUCUGGCUUAUAAUAUCUUGUGGUUUUUCAAUAUGAAACGGUUGCAUAUCCUCUUUCUAAAAAUCUCAAGUCACUCCAAAGUUGAAAAGCUGAAACACUUACAAAUUGAAUGUGAGAAGGACAAAUCCUGGGACUUAGUCCGUUAGUAGGUGGAACACUUGUUGGCGGUUGUGGAGGAUGAGGUGGAAUAUCCAAAGG